UUUCAAGACUUAAAACGCUUUAAAAUAUAAUAAAGAAAAUGUUUGCAGCUUAUUUACUCCGAGAACAUAAAAGCAGGCUGUGUGAAAUUUUAUCUUCAAGCGAUACUACAAUACAUCAUUCUAUUAACAUCCUGUUUGUACAUCUUUGGGAAGAAGAGCCCUCAUUAGCUGCUUUGCUUUUGCACUCCCCUGAUGAAGCAAUAAAAAAACUCAAUGAACAUUUACAGGCCGUGCAGGAUGAAAUACAAGUGCAACUUUCAGAGUUGGAAACAAAUCCUGGGAGACUGCAGCUGUUAAUAGACAAUUGCAACAGUUUUAAGGGCAAAAUUCAUUUGAGAGUGUAUGAUUUGCACUUUUGUACUGAAUUAAACCGACAUGAAUUUCCCAAGUGUGAGGAAUCAUCAUAUCUGCAAAUAUCAGGAACUGUUACGAGAAUCUCAGCUGUAAAGCUGCUACGAUACAAAAGGGACUACAUAUGCCUGAAAUGUAAAGCUUCUGCAACGAUAACGGCCGCGUAUGAGACGAAAUAUCGAAUAAUUGCGCCGCGUCGCUGCUCAAACGAGAAUUGCAAUAGUACACAAAUGAAAGAAGUCGAUGAAAACCAACCAUUAUACUGCCGAGACUACCAGGAGAUUAAAAUUCAAGAGGAUUUAACACGUUUAGGGUCCGGCGUUGUGCCACACUCGAUGUGGGUAACUUUAGAGGAUGAUUUAGCAGAUAUCUGCAAACCGGGCGACUCUGUCACAGUUUGCGGAAUAGUUAAACGUCGCUGGGGUCCUCCAGUGAAGGGAAAACGCGUCGAAGUCACACUCGCAUUACAAGCACACCACGUCACAAUUAACAACAUCCCCGACUUUGGUAUUGGACCGCGAGCACGCCGCACCAACUUCGAAAGUUUCUGGCGAACGCGUCGCGAAGACGAACUACGCGGACGGGACGUAAUCCUGCGGUCAUUCUCGCCGGAGAUUCACGGACUCUACUUGGUAAAACUAGCUGUGGCGGUUGUCCUGGCCGGUGGCAUUGGGGGUGGGGGCGUAAGCGGGUCACAGACGCGCGUCCAGCCUCAUCUGUUGCUGGUGGGCGAUCCCGGCACCGGCAAAUCACAAUUACUACGACAAGCAGCUAAGGUUAUUCCACGAUCUGUAUGCACCACAGGAAUCGGAUCCACGUCGGCCGGACUCACGGUCACCGCAAUAAUGGAAGAUGGCGAAUGGCAACUGGAAGCGGGUGCACUCGUGUUAUCCGACGGCGGCAUCUGCUGCAUCGAUGAGUUCCACACGAUGCGCGAACACGACAGAACCAGCAUCCACGAAGCAAUGGAACAGCAAUCAAUCAGCGUCGCCAAAGCAAGUAUUGUGUGUAAAUUAAACACGCGCUGCUCUAUCCUGGCGGCGGCGAAUCCACAGGGCCCGCUCGACGGCAGCCAAACGCUUUCGUGUAAUAUUGCGCUCGCCAGUCCGCUAUUGAGUCGUUUCGACCUUAUCCUUACACUCAAGGACACCGUUGACGAAGUACGCGACGCGCGCGUUGCUGAUUUUAUCCUUCGCAGGUACGGUCCUAAGCCUGACACAGCCGUUGCCAAAGAGAUUUGGAGCUUGGACACGUUGAAAGAUUACUAUUUGGAAAUACGCAAGCGCAGACCUUGCCUAACGCCAAAAGUGACUCCCAUCCUGAAUGCAUAUUAUCAGUAUCGUAGAAAAAGGAAGUUCAGGAACGAAGCACGUACAACUGUUCGGUUAUUGGAUAGUUUGGUACGUUUAUCGAAAGCACACGCUAAGUUAAUGUAUCGCGACGAGGUUAAUAUUGUUGAUGCUGUAAUGGCGAUAGCGUUACUUGAAGCAUCCGUAGUGCUAGAUUCACCGGACGUUGGAACGAUGUUCGAUCCGCAGAUUGAGUUUCCCGAAGAUCCAACCGAGUGGUAUAAACGUGUUGAAGGCAUCAUUUUUGACAAGCUGCACUUGGAUAUUACCCAGUUUGCUGACUCAGUUGACAUCCACGAGUGUACAACUCGAUUGGAUACGGUGGACUUUGAAUGUUCGGAAAAUAUUGCGGAGAAUUCUGCGCGAAUUGAAAAUAAGCCGAGGUUGCGAAAUGAACAACAUGUUCAAGAUGAAUCAGAGUGUCAGUCUACUCAAGGUAUAGUGGAUCACUUCGCGGGAAGAAAUGAUAACACAUUUGCUGGUCCGCCUGGCGUUUUUGUUCAAGCGGAUGCAAACGAAGUCGAGUGCAAUACAACCCGCAAUGCCAACAUGAACAUAUUUGCGCCGCUUGAUGAUUUCGACGACCAAGACUUGGAGUUUUAAAUCCAGCCGCGAAUGGCACGAAAAGCGGGGGAGAUGCAGCAUACGUUACCAUUUCAUGCAUUUUUAUGAGCUGCUCAUGAAUAUCCAGGGGAAUGUCUGUGAAAAUGUUAUCAUAUUGUUUGACACGUGGCUAAUUAAUGCGUCACAUUAAUUUCACUCUUGUUGUGCAACGCCAACGAAGCCAUUUUGAUAUAUGACAUUCAUUUGCUAAGAUUUCCUGUUCAUUUUCUUGUUUGUGAUUUGUUUUCAACCCACAGUCGCGUGAGAUAAAUUUGCGUUUAAUUUAUAUUUCCAGGGCCGCAUUCCAUGCUUUGAUUUAGAUAGUUGUAAAGGUCUUAAAUUGUUUCCGAGUGUAAAGUGCAGCAUCAAGAGAUAUUUUCGUACUCUGUGCGCAUGUGAACGCGACAUGCGGCCGAUGUCAACUGCGAACUUCGCUGAAGUUACAACUGCAUUAACGCCAUUACCCGCGGCACACUGGAAAGUUAACGUUUUGUGCAAACUUUUGUUUUGUCUACGUUUAAGUACCGCGUGAAAACUCCGCGUUGAUUUAUUGUAGACGUUGCGGGUGAUGCGUUUCAAGCAGCUUUCAUAAAUUGGCUUUGAUUGAAACGAAUUUUUGCACUUUCCUAUGUAAAUACUAAGUAUAAUACAAAAUGGUUGCCAGAGUAACCUUUUAUUACCGCACCUGGCAAUAAAAUAACUAUUUUGUGUGAUUAUACUUAUUCACUUAUUUUGUGUCAUGCCAAAAAUGAAAAUAUCAACGCAAACGAUGACUGAUACUUAGAUUGUGUGUCGCAUUGCUGUCGUGCGUUUAAGCGAUUCCAUAUGUUAAACAGUUUAUGCAUCUGCAGUAUCAGCGUGCCUAAAAUUCACCGGCUGCAAUUUAUUGCACAAUGAUCGCAUAAAACUGGUUGAAAUAUACGGAUUAUGUAAAUGCACCAGUUGCAAGUCGCGCAGAUUUCAUAAUCUGCAUAUUAUCUUCAGAAUUCAACUUAUUUAGUUAAUAUUAUGUCGCCAUGUUGAGUUUUCUUGAUUGUCAAAAGUUUUCAUCAUUAAAAUUCACUCUUGAGUCUAAACCAGACGAAUAUUUAAUGAUAUUGUAAUGUAUUAUUUAGUUUCUGUAUAAUUACUAACGCCAACAAAUGUAAAUUCAAUCGAAUGACAUUUUUAUAUGAAAA